GAAGCCUCGCGCGCCGGUGGCUAUGGAGGCGGCGGCAGUUGAUGGUUGACCGUUGGCUCCGGGGUAGGGGUCGCCGCUCGGGCGAUUCGCUCAAACCCGACCAGAGAGCGUGGACAGCUGACGCUCGGCCUGGAGCCCGCGGGCGAGACCUAGCUGGGUUCCGCCAUGCGGGCCGGGAGUAACGAGCCGGACGGCGUCCUCAGCUAUCAGAGACCAGAUGAAGAAGCUGUGGUGGAUCAAGGUGGGACCAGUACAAUUCUCAACAUUCACUAUGAGAAGGAGGAGUUGGAAGGUCAUAGAACCCUGUAUGUGGGGGUCCGGAUGCCACUGGGCCGGCAGAGCCAUCGGCACCACCGAACCCACGGCCAGAAGCACCGGAGGCGAGGGCGGGGCAAAGGAGCCAGCCAGGGGGAGGAAGGCUCGGAGGCCCUGGCCCAUGGUAACGCCCUCGCACCCUCAGGAGAGGACACACCAUCUCAGCGUGUUCAGUUCAUUCUUGGCACUGAGGAAGAUGAGGAGCAUGUGCCUCACGACCUGUUCACAGAGCUGGAUGAGAUCUGUCUGAAAGAGGGAGAAGAUGCCGAGUGGAAGGAGACAGCCAGGUGGCUGAAGUUUGAAGAGGAUGUCGAGGACGGGGGAGAACGCUGGAGCAAGCCUUACGUGGCGACCCUAUCACUGCACAGUCUCUUUGAGCUCAGGAGCUGCCUUAUCAAUGGGACGGUCCUCCUGGAUAUGCGAGCAAAUAGCAUAGAAGAAAUUUCAGACCUGAUCCUGGACCAGCAAGAACUGUUCAGUGACCUGAAUGACAGCAUGAGGGUUAAAGUACGAGAAGCCCUUCUCAAAAAGCACCAUCAUCAGAAUGAAAAGAAGAGAAAUAACCUCAUCCCCAUUGUCCGUUCCUUUGCUGAAGUGGGCAAGAAGCAGUCUGAUCCACAUUUAAUGGAUAAACAUGGUCAAACCGUGUCUCCUCAGUCCAUUCCAACUACAAAUCUAGAAGUGAAAAAUGGUGUGAAUUGUGAACACAGUCCUGUGGAUUUAAGCAAGGUGGACCUUCACUUUAUGAAAAAAAUCCCCACUGGGGCAGAGGCCUCGAAUGUCCUGGUUGGAGAGGUGGACACGCUGGACCGCCCCAUCGUUGCCUUUGUGAGGCUGUCUCCGGCCGUCCUUCUGUCAGGCCUGACGGAAGUGCCCAUCCCAACAAGAUUUUUGUUUAUCCUGUUGGGUCCGGUAGGGAAAGGUCAGCAGUACCAUGAGAUUGGCAGAUCCAUGGCCACCAUCAUGACAGAUGAGAUUUUUCAUGAUGUGGCAUACAAGGCAAAAGAGCGAGACGACCUGCUGGCAGGGAUUGAUGAGUUCCUAGACCAGGUGACGGUGCUGCCUCCAGGGGAGUGGGACCCAUCCAUUAGGAUUGAGCCACCCAAAAACGUCCCUUCCCAGGAGAAAAGGAAAAUGCCUGGAGUCCCAAAUGGAAAUGUUUGCCAUAUCGAACCGGAAGCACAUGGGGGCCACAGCGGACCAGAGCUUCAGCGCACUGGGCGGCUCUUUGGGGGCUUGGUGCUGGACAUCAAGCGGAAGGCCCCCUGGUACUGGAGCGACUACCGGGAUGCACUUAGCUUACAGUGUUUGGCCUCCUUUCUGUUCCUGUACUGUGCCUGCAUGUCACCUGUCAUCACCUUUGGGGGAUUGCUCGGAGAAGCCACCGAGGGGCGCAUAAGUGCAAUUGAAUCCUUGUUUGGAGCCUCCAUGACGGGGAUUGCCUACUCCUUGUUUGCUGGACAGGCUCUCACCAUCCUGGGAAGUACUGGGCCAGUGCUUGUGUUUGAAAAGAUUUUGUUCAAAUUCUGCAAAGACUACGCUCUUUCGUACCUCUCCCUGCGAGCAUGUAUCGGACUGUGGACCGCCUUCCUGUGUAUUGUCCUUGUGGCAACCGACGCCAGUUCCCUCGUUUGUUACAUUACCCGCUUCACUGAAGAAGCAUUUGCCUCCCUGAUCUGCAUUAUUUUCAUUUAUGAAGCAAUAGAAAAGCUAAUUCACCUGGCGGAGACCUACCCCAUCCACAUGCACAGCCAGCUGGACCGCCUUAGCCUCUAUUACUGCAGGUGUACUCUCCCAGAGAAUCCAAACAACCACACCUUACAGUACUGGAAGGACCACAACAUCGUGACAGCGGAAGUCCACUGGGCUAACCUGACUGUCAGUGAGUGCCAGGAGAUGCACGGGGAGUUCACGGGCUCCGCGUGCGGCCAUCAUGGACCCUAUACUCCUGACGUGCUCUUUUGGUCCUGCAUUCUCUUCUUCACCACCUUCAUCCUCUCGAGCACCUUGAAGACGUUUAAGACAAGCCGCUAUUUCCCAACCAGAGUCCGCUCCAUGGUGAGUGACUUUGCUGUUUUCCUCACUAUCUUCACAAUGGUGAUUAUCGACUUUUUGAUUGGAGUCCCAUCACCAAAGCUUCAAGUUCCCAGUGUAUUCAAGCCAACGAGGGAUGAUCGAGGGUGGAUUAUUAGCCCCAUUGGCCCCAAUCCCUGGUGGACUGUGAUAGCUGCAAUUAUCCCAGCUCUCCUCUGCACUAUCUUAAUAUUCAUGGACCAGCAGAUCACAGCUGUCAUCAUUAACAGGAAGGAGCACAAGCUCAAGAAAGGAUGUGGCUACCACCUGGACCUGCUGAUGGUGGCCAUCAUGCUGGGUGUUUGCUCCGUCAUGGGCCUGCCCUGGUUUGUGGCUGCAACUGUCCUGUCCAUCACACACGUGAACAGCCUCAAGCUGGAAUCUGAGUGCUCUGCCCCUGGAGAACAGCCUAAAUUCUUGGGUAUCCGAGAACAGAGAGUGACAGGCCUUAUGAUCUUUGUACUGAUGGGCUGCUCAGUCUUCAUGACGGCUAUAUUAAAGUUUAUCCCGAUGCCAGUGCUCUAUGGCGUUUUCCUCUACAUGGGAGUUUCUUCGCUGCAGGGGAUUCAGUUCUUUGAUCGCCUGAAGCUGUUUGGGAUGCCUGCAAAGCACCAGCCGGAUUUCAUCUACCUUCGGCACGUGCCGCUGCGCAAAGUGCAUCUCUUCACCCUCAUCCAGCUCACCUGCCUUGUCCUGCUCUGGGUCAUCAAGGCAUCUCCAGCCGCCAUCGUCUUCCCAAUGAUGGUUUUGGCCUUGGUCUUUGUCAGGAAAGUCAUGGAUCUCUGUUUCUCUAAGCGAGAGCUGAGCUGGUUAGAUGAUCUCAUGCCUGAAAGCAAAAAGAAGAAGUUGGACGAUGCCAAAAAGAAGGCCAAGGAGGAAGAGGAGGCUGAGAAAAUGUUAGAAAUUGGGGGAGACAAGUUCCCCUUAGAGAGCAGGAAGUUACUAAGCAGUCCUGGAAAGAACAACAGUUUCAGAUGUGACCCCUCUGAGAUUAAUAUAUCUGAUGAGAUGCCUAAAACCACGGUCUGGAAAGCUCUCAGUAUGAAUUCGGGAAACACAAAGGAAAAGAGUCUCUUCAACUAAAAGUCUUUGCUGGGAUGGAGGAUUUGGGCCAUGAGGUGCCUCAGGGAAGUUCUGGUUACAGAGAAGAUGGCGAGUCCCUCAGAGAAGAAGCGCGCCUAAGUCUGGCCCUGUCCUUGGUCCUGUCCAAGCCAUGCCGAGCAUUCAGUUGUUCGUGGUGUGCCUCGGGGGCCUCGCCUGGAGUGAGCGUGGAAGCAGAAGACCACUCCCUGGUACUUCUCCUCUUCCUCCUCUUUCUCUUCAGAGCUGCCAUCAUUGAAGACCUAGCUUCCCAUUUUCCAGACAUUUUCUCUGAAACCCUCUGCUGGCCUGCUGAGCCAUAUGUAUCCAUUCCGCCACUGAGGAUUUCUUCAAUGAGCUUCCACUUCCUAAAGGACGGAGUGGGGGAUUGGGAAGAGAGCAGAGAGAAAAGGAGAGCCUCUCCAGCCCCAUAGUGACUGCAGGCUCCCGGGCAGCCCUGGGCCUGGGUUUGGCUGCCUACUCUGGGGGAUGCUGGUCAGCCCCAGAGGCUGUCAGGAGGGUCUGCUCUUAGGUGGGCCAGCACCCUGGGCACUGGCAGUGCCCACCUACAUAGCCAGAAGAUGCUUCUGAUCCGGGUAUAUCUUCUUCACUCCUUAGCAGCAGCCUGCACAACUCAGCGAGCACCUUCGAUGAUGAAAGGGCCAAGGGCAACAUUGGAGUUGCUUAGCUUGGACAGGAAAAGGCUCCAGGGAAAAUCAAUAAUGAUGAGUGAGGAUGAGCAGCUCCUCUUGGUUUCGCUGAUAGAGUAAUAGAACGCAUCAAUUGCUACAGAAGGAAUUAGUUUAGACACCAGGAAGGACUUCCUACAUAGCCUGAAGAUUUGUCAUAGUGUCUGCUUUCUAGAUACCUGGGAAAGGUUUGAUUCUAGUUGUUGGUGAGUAGAAAGGGAUGUAAGGUGUUUUUAUUGGCCAUGUUGUGGAAACACCGUGUCUGGCUGCUGUCUCUAGAGGACACAUUCUGAUUCCAUUCCUGGAGAGACCCAAGUGCUUACAUAAUGUCUCCUUAGCUGCCUUAGUAGCAAACCAUCAUCAACUCAACGGACCAAACCACCUUCACCAUCAUGAAUUUUUUUGCUGACAAAUGCCCUGACUUUCAGGUGUAAAAAGCCACACUGGGAGAUGAACUUUAAGUGGUGAAAUUAGUUUUGGUAUUUAGUUUAAAACUGUAUUUAUAGUUUCUGUCUUCUCUUCUCUGUUGCAAUGAAUACCAAGGGUUUGGGCUCCAUCAUGUAUAGACUUUCCCUUCCUUUGUACACAGAAUGUGAUUAACAAGUGUGUCCAUACCCAGGGAAUCUGAUCAUAUCAGUUUCUAUCCCAGAAAGUAUUUGUACAGUGCUACCAUCCCCUGGUGUGCUCCCCAUUCAUAGGUGAAGAGUUGGCUACAUAACAUUAUUGAAUUUUGCAUUCCUGAGACUCUGAAAAUGUAUUAGUGUAUUCUAGUCUCACUCUAAGAAUCUUUGAUAUUGAAGGAAUCCUGCAUUUCUUUCAUAUUUCCCUAUCUCUUAAAGCCACAAUUAUUUUAGUUUACAGAUGAUUUUCAAAAUAUUUAACAACUAGUACUGGAUGGACACCAACCACUCAGAACGGAUACCUGCUGUAAACAAGCAGUACGUAUGGCACUAGUGCCUACUGGCUGAAUGUCACUCUGCUUUCAAAUAUUAAAAUGAUACCCCUUUGGACUGUGGGUAUGGUUCCUGCUUGUCUGAUUUCCGCUCACAAGGCGGUUUUAGGGACAGCCUCUUCUUCCGUUCACAUGGUGCAGACAGGAACAGGCAUGCUUCUUGAACUAUAUGGGCAUUAAAAUCUUUGUGAGCCAAAGCUUCACAUUUUAUCACCUUAGGAUAAAUGUAAUCAUUGUACCCAUUUACCUACCUAAUUUAGAAAAAUCAAAAGGCAGCCUGUCAAUGGGAAAAGCUUUCUUGCCGACUCUUCCGGCCCUCUGUGGCUGCUUCCUUCAGCUUACCUCUUUUUCAUCUUCUCUGUUCCCUGAGAACAUCCCCCCAUCCUUCCACCGUCUUGCCCCUCGCACCUCUCCCUGCCACCUCUGUGUAGGGAGGGUGGCGACUGCUUCACCUGUUCCCCUAUCCUCAGCAUGGCUGUGAGAAAUGUAACAGGGAAGAAUCCAUCAUUCUGCAAAUCUAGGUGACAGCGUCACUCAGAAACAUCUCUCUUCUGAUACACUGACGUCUUGUGAUGCCCUGUGCUGCCAGCUUCUUGAGCGUGGGGAGCCUGUCUUUGUUAACCCUGUGGAGUGCACUUCCCAAGCCAAACCCUCCCAGGUUACUGCGCCUGAGGAAUGUUAGCUACUUUGGAAGGCUCUGCCAGGCUUUUUAGGUUCUUAGGUUUUCCUCAAACAAUAGCUCACCUCCUUUGUGCUGCAUCUCGGUGGUAGGAAUCAUUCCCCAUCCUUCCUCUUUUGUCUUUCCCAAGUUCCACCCAACACUCAACCCUAGUCCUAGCUGCUUCCCUGCUCAGGUCUGUGGCUGGUGACUAUCGGUGGCUGAGUCAAGCUAGGUGGCAUUUAGGGUGUGAAACUGGGAGUUGUGGUGACACAGCAGCCACGUGUGUGAAUGUGUGUACGUGUGCAUGUGUGUUUACUGAGAUCUCAGGAGAUUUCAUUUCAUUAAACAGCCUCGUGCACCUAAGCUGUGGGGACAUCAAAAGAAUAUGGUCCAUCUCCCAUCUAGGGCUUCCCUUCUCUAUUCUGAUGGAAUAACUUGAGGGCAAAUACAGGAAGAUUAGUUUUAGGAAAAAGUAUAUAAGUUCAACAUUAAGGAGAAACUGGUUUGGGGUAGAAAGCAAGGCAUGUAGUUAGGUAAUUUCCGGGCACAGGCUCGCUUGGUCCAGAGAAGUAGUCUACCUCUUGUGACAAGGGGAGAUUUCGGGAGUAGUUUGAGCAUUGGCAGGCCAAUGCCCUGGUAGGCUGAUAGUGUAGAGGUAGGAAGGGAGGGAGACCAGGGAUUUACGACAGUCAUGGUGAGUCGAAUCUUGGGUCAAAGGGAAGAGCUGUCAUUGCUAAGCUGGUGGGUUACUUCCUAGCCCAUGACUUAGGGAAGGGUUAGUCUAGAGAGAAGGUGAAGAUUAGCAAAUAAACGUUGUGAAAUUGCCAAAUAUGUGUGGUUGCAUAAAGUGCAGGCUAGCUCUUUGUAGCUAUAUAUGAUUUCAAACUGCUGGUGAUGGGGUUAUCAGGACCUCUGGUCUUUCCUGCACUCAGCUCCUAUUCCCAUCUCCUUGUUCACAGAACUUUGCCUUUGGGGUAGAGAGGUAGGGAACCAUAUAUUUUCAAAAGAUGUUAUAAGUAGUUGCUAUCUCUAGUUCUCUGGGAUGUGACUGGCUUUUAAAUUAGUCAUAAAUGUUUGAUAAAAAUCUGAUUUAUGCUAAGUCUUAGGUUGACAUCUCAGGCUAUGACAACUGUGACCUUCAAGAGGUCUGUGCUUUGGGGAAUCUGUGGUUUCUGGUCAUGCAAAAAAGACAGUUGCCAGUUCUACUUUAUCUCCUACAUACUCAAUGUUCUAGACAUUCCUCUUAGUAGAGGAAUCAGUAAUUCUCCCUGUAUCUUCUCUGUCAAUUUCAGUGUCCAUGUUCAGAGUCUCUGCAUUUUCCUGAAGUGUAGGAGAAGGCUUGCCCCCAGGGCCCCCGGCUUUCACUUUAACUAGCAUCAGAAAUACUAUCCCAUAUGUUCUCUAUGCUACUUCAUCAGCUUCUCGAAAUGUCUUCAUUUGCAGGAGAAUUAGCACCUCCUCCAAGGACUCUUAAGCAAUCUUCGCUAGUUCAUUCCUACAUUUUCCUCUGACUUCUCAGGUUCCCAAGCCCAUCCUGGCAGGACAUUCAACACACAUUGGAUGUUCUCAGCCUUCUUGACUUUCUUUUAGUUGUACUUGUCAGGCCCCCUCUGUAAGGCAGAAAUCCUUCCUGCUGGCCCUGACUGCCCAAAUGCUACAUCAUCUGAGUUCUGCCCCCUUUUACUGACUCAGCUUUUCCAAACCUCUCUCCCCUCCUUUCUGCCUUUUCCUCCAUCUUUCAAGUUCUCCUUGGAGGGAAGAAGUUCUUGGUCAGAGGUCCUAAUAACCACCACCAGUUGGGGGUGGCGAGAGAGGUGGGGAGGCUGGACAGUUCUGUGGGCUUUUCCAAAAGGGGACUUCAUGGUUAUUGGCCUUAUUUAGGAUGAGGGAUUAAGGAGUCUCAAGGCCUCGGGCUCAUCCAUAUUUCAGUGUAAACAGGAAAAAAAAAAAAAAACCUCCAAAACCCAAAUAGAAGGGUUUUUUCUACCAGAUGCAUUCUUUAUGAUUCUUGGUUCCCUUGGGGUCUUAUAUUAAUUUCAGAGAAUGGAUAGUUGGCUCCAUUCACAUUUCUUUUCCAGAAAGGAGGCUAAUUUUCAUAACCAAAGGAGGUGUGAACUUAACUAUAUCAUUGCUUGAAGCUUGAAAAGAGGAAAGGAGUGUUAUGUGAAUCUUCUCAAUAGGAAAAUUCAGAAAGUGGAAUGAUUUACCCGAAGGCAUAAUUCUUUUAGGAGAUUCUGUGCUCAAAGGAAGUGGAAGAGUUUCUGAUCCUUCUGAAUAGAAACGGAAGAGCAUUUUCUUAAACCUAACCCACUUUCAGCACUGGAGAAUACAGAAUUUUGCUUCUAGCUGAUGGUAUUAAUAUUUCUGAGAGACAGAGUGCGCCCACCCACAGCCCCUUUUGGAGCCCAGCAGAAAUCAACAGAGCUUGGGUUCUCUUAGCAGGUUUGCAGUUGACUCCAACAUACAGGUUUCUCACACGUGCAAUAACGUUGGAAACAGAAGUUCCAAACUGAAUGUGCAAUUACUCCUUUUGCAAAAGAGGCCAAAAUCCUCCCAACUCCUCUCUCCCAUAUUUACUCCUCCAAGAUGAUAAGCCUCCCUCUCGUUUAUCUGUGUCUGUCUGUCCGGUUGCUUUGAUAAGGCUGCCCUCCGAAGCAAACGGUGUCAGGUGGAGAGCGGAGCAACCUUCCCACGGAAGGGGACAGCUUGAGGUGCUGGUACAUUUCCCUCGUUUUCUGUGUUCUUCUUUCUAGUACGUCUCAUGUAGAGAUAGAGAUAUUUUUGUUUUAGAGAUUCCAAAGUAUAUAUUUUUAGUGUAAGAAAUGUACCCUCUCCACACUCCACCGUGUAAAUAGAACCGAGAACAGAUGUGUCGUUGUGAUAGUCCCCUAGCGAUCUGCGGUAGGAAUAGGACCCCCUCCCUCACCACCAAGUCUCACAGUCUGUGUCUGGGAACCAGGCGAGGUGGCGGUGUCGCUUCUGCCUGCCCAGACCUUGCUGUGCUCAAUGGGUGAAAAAUAAAAUCUGUGUAACUGUUCA